CUCUCACACUGUUGUAAUAUAUUCUUGUGCAUUUUGGACUUCAAUGACAGUUCUAUAAAGCUCUGAAAUUCUUCAAUUCUGGUUUUCUAUUUCUCAUUUUGUUCAUAGCUAUAGGAAAAGAGAUUCCAAACAACAUAGGCCCGUUCUUUUCCCCGUUUCAGAAUCACUUUUUCACCCAAACGGCCGUUUCUCUUAAAAGGAGCAAAGAACAGCCUCCUUUUCUCUUCAAAUUUUUCCAUCAGAAAAGUGCUUCUCUUUAGAUGGAGAAGCUAAAAAAAUCUCCUUUUCCUUCUGCUGAACUGCUUUUUGAUGAAAAUUGACCAAAUUAACCUAUAUUCUCCCCCAAACGUUUUUCCCCUCUGCUGGUUCUCUUUCCCCUCUGCUGGUGAGCCGGAGCUUUAUACCCAAUUUCUUUUCCUCAUUUUCGGCUUUCAAAGCUCUAUUUUCUGUUAUUUGUUCCUCUUCCGCAGCAGAAGUCUCUGGUUCUUUGUUGAAUGAAUGAAGGUUGAAGAAUCAGUGAAGCUGUUGAAUAUGAUGGGAGAAAGAAUCUUACCAGGGAGUUAUUUUCAAUACCCUCCACCUGGUUUUCCUUCUGUUUCUCCUCAUAGACCUUCAUCUAUUCCUACAGAUCUUGAAAGAUACUUAGCUGAAUUAUUAACAGAGAAAGAGAAGCUGGGACCUUUCACACAAGUUCUUCCUCAGUGCACCGGGCUUUUUAAUCAAGAUUCAAUCACAUGUAUACAAUGUAGGGUGUACAUAAGAGGCAAAGGUUCUGUCAAGGAUUCUGUUAAGGAAGAGAAACUAAAAGAUAAACCUGGAUUCGAACACCUUAAUGAGCCAUUGCAUGUGUUGGUGGAGGCUGAACUUCCCAAAGAUGUGAUAAAUUCUCGUUUGGACUACGUUGUUGCCAUACUAGAAAAUCUUCUGAAACCUGUGGAUGAAUCUUUGGAUAACUAUAAGAAACAACAGCUUAGGGAGUUGGCUUUACUAAAUGGUACAUUAAGGGAAGAGAGUCCGAGAAUGAGCCCGACUAUGAGCCCUAGUAUGUCGCCCUUUAACGGUACUGGAAUGAAACGAGCCAAUUAUUUUAGCCAAAAACCUCUAAUAUAGUUGGAAGAUUCUUCUUACUUACAAACAUACAUAUGCAGCAUUCUCUCUUGGUGAUAAUUACUAUUAUUAUUUAUGAUAAGAUAAAUUCAUUGUAUUGUAUUUUGACUUAAUAAUAAGUAUUUUUUUUUUCGAA